AUGGCCGAAAGCAAGAUAACCGUUUCCCUGCAGCCGGGUAGAAUCGUCGGAAUCAAGGGUUCACUGCCAAAUGGACACGAUUGUUACGUUUUCAAAGGAAUUCCUUACGCAAAGCCACCGAUCGGUGAGCUGCGGUUCAGGGCGCCGGUUCCGCUGGCAUCUUUUCCGGUCGACCCACUGGAGUGUCUCGUGGACGGUCCCAGCAGCUACUCGGAUGAGGUGCGGCUCGAACGAAAAUCGGAAGAUUGCCUCUACCUGAACGUGUUCAGCCCGGAGCUGGAACCGCAAACACUCCUCCCGGUGAUGGUGUGGGUGCACGGGGGAGGAUUUUACACCGGUUCCGGCCACUCGGCCCUGUACGACCCGGAGUAUCUGGUGCAGCAGGGUGCGGUCGUCGUCUCGCUCAAUUAUCGCCUCGGCCCGCUCGGUUUCCUAUCGCUGCCGAGUGUCGGAAUCGCGGGCAACGCGGGACUGAAAGACCAACGGAUGAGCUUCCGGUGGGUGCAGGAGAACAUCGACCGGUUCGGUGGUGACCCGAACAAUGUAACCAUCUUUGGCGACAGUGCCGGUGGAGCUUCGGUGCAUCUGCACUACUUGAGCGAGCCGUCCAGGCAAUACUUCCACAAAGCCAUCGCGCAAAGCGGAACGGCGUACAACGAGUGGUUAUGGCAGCGGGAACCGGCCGAACGUGCCCGUAGGCUGGCGAAACUGUUGGGUACGGCCGAGGACAGCACCGACGUGGAAAAGCUGGCCACGCUAAUGCAAGCGUCGGCCGAAAAAAUGACCGCCAUCCAAAGCCAAGUGAUGACCGAACUCGAACAAACGACACUGAUUCGCUUCCCGUUCACGCCGGUCGUCGAGCAACCGGACAGUGAGGAUGCCAUCCUUACUGUCCAUCCGGUGGACGCUGCCAAGGCGAGCUUCACCCGGGAAAUCCCGCUCAUCCUGGGAACCACCAGCGCGGAAGGUUUGGUCCUGUGGUCGGCGAUAGAGGAAAGACUUCCACUCUACGCAAGCGAACCGUCCCGGAUGGUUCCGGCCACGCUGCGCAUUAGGAACGAGCGGGACAGACAACUGGCAGCGAAAACGAUUAAGAAAUUCUUCUUCAACGAACGUCCCGUGUCGUCGGAAACGAAAGAAAACUUGGCCACCGUUUUGGGAGAUAAUCUCAACACCUUUCCGUGUUACUUUGCGGCCGAACUGCACGUACGACACCAAAGUGCACCCCUUUACAUGUACGUGUUCUCGUUCAUGGGAGAACUGAACAAGUAUCGGGAGAUAAUGAAGGUCCCGCCAGAACUGAUCGGUGCUGCACAUGGUGACGAAUUGUACUAUCUUUUUAGUUCCACAUUGUUCAACACUGCCGCGGUAGACGAUAAUUCCGAGGCAGCCAAGUUUCGCGAAUAUUUGUGUCGCCAAUGGGUCAACUUGGCACGCCAUGGCAAUCCAUCUGAAGUCGCCGCCGAGUGGAUCCCGGUCGAGCACCCCCGGGAGGAGGUCACCGAUGAUUUCUAUCCACAUGCGUUCGAGCUGAAAGAGGGUGGCUGUGUCAUGACGAGCGAUUUCUUCCUUGAGCGCUUCCAGUUUUGGAAGGUCCUGUUCAAAAGGUUCAACGGAUCGCAACUUGUUCCGAUCAUUGAGUAA